AUGCUUUCAGAAUCACAGACUAAUCCUCUCGACCGUGAGCCCUCCGAAACAUCCGAAGACACUCGGACGCCAGCAGAAAAUCCCAAUAAACAAGACACAACAUCGUAUCAGGUCAAUACAAAUCGUUUAAAAGAAGAAAAUAUUAAAGACAGUUCACCAAAGACAGAGACUUUAAAUCUUGAGGAGUCGUUGUUGGAUGAUGAAACUAGAGAGCGAGUGGAAGCAAUUUUAGGGGCUACUCCCAUUGUUCUACUUAUUAAAGGGGAUGCCGAAAGACCAUUUUGCAAAUUUUCAAAGCGGAUUGUUUCUUUGCUGAUUAGUAGAGGAAUUUCAUUUUCAUCAUUUGAUGUCAAGUCUUUGGAUCAAACCGACGAUAAACAAAAAGCAUUAUACAUGGGAUUCAAAAAGUAUGGAAACUUUCCAACUUUUCCUCAAUUAUAUGUGAACAAGGAGCUUGUUGGAGGCUUAGAUGUAUGCACAAGUCUAGAUGAUGAAAAUGAAUUAAUUCAUACGAUUAAUAAUUCGCUACUCCAGAGCAAUACUAAUCUAAAAAAUCAAUCAUGCAUCUCUUCGGACGUUUCAGAAAUCGAAUGGUCGAAAACCAGGAAUGCGCAACCAGAAUCGUUCGAAAAAGAAUUUGUUCAAGUUAAUAUUAGAUAUGUUAAUGGAAACAUCCAUCAAAUAAUUCUCAAAACAACAGAUACUGUGGAGAGGCUUUACGAAUACGUCCUUAAUAAUUUUUCGCAAUUCGAUUCUCAAUUUAAGAAACCUUUUUUGAUAGCCUAUCCAGGAUUAGGGAAGAAGGUUUUAGACAAAAAUUAUUUACAUACCACUCUAAGGGAAUGCUUUUCAACCGAAGAGUUUGAGCAAGAGUUGAAGAAACGAAAAAGCAUGCCACAUCUAAAAAUUAUUCCAUUAACAAUUUACUAUCUCCCUAGCUCUGCCAUAGUUCCUCCUAAGACACCAAGAACCAGCAUGGACGGUCAAAUGUCAUUGCUGUUUACUCAGCUAUUCAAGUCUAUUGUGACUUUGAUACUAAAAAAACCGAUUGAUUUGCUGACAACGGUCUGGGGAAAAGUUAAGUGGUGGUGA